GCUAGCCCACCUGACCUGUCCUGUCCUCUAGUCUGCUGUGGACAGAUCGGGGGGCGGACCCGAAGGAUGUGACGUCGAGCUCGGACUGUACCUUGUACCAUAUCCUUAAACGCCGAUCUUCAACGCUGAUGUUUGGUAGGGAUUAAAAUGAGGAUGAACGAGUGAGUGAGUGAGUGAGUGAAGUGGACUCAGAAGGUGAACACAAAUAGCAGCAGAGUUCCACAGCCAUGGAUUUGACUUUUGUAUUAUCGGCCGUUAUCUUCACGCUUCUCGCUAUCGUGGUUGCAACGUCGGUGUUCAACGGCUCUUCGUCUGCAGCCGAUAUCGCAAACGGUUUUUUCGGACACAGAGGCGGAGACGGCGCUACCGAAGGGUCCGGUCAACCGAAGCCGAAGCAGAACGGGCAUGUUCCCGAGAAAAAAGAGGAGGAGGAGGCGGUGGAGGACUGGUGUGAGAUCAGCGGCAGCACACACGACCACUGGGAUGUAGUGAAGUCAGAGGAGGCAUAUCCUAAACUUCAGCCCGAGGAACAUUCCUCCUCCUCCACAUCCAACCUGUUCACCUCCAGGCCUGAAUCUAGGAAACUUAGCUCGGACUCCUCACUGGAGGCCUCGUCAAGGAGGAGCUGUGGGUCGCUUUUUGGUCUCUCUGAUAAGGAGCUCCUAAAGUGUGCUUUCUCUCAUCCCCAGAGUGAAGGAGCCACAGAGAGCCCGGAGAUCGAUGGUAAUAAUGAUGCAGAUUCAGACAAUUCCUUAAGAUACAUCCCAGGAAAGGCACGAUCCCACCACUUGCAAAUGAUGAUGUCCAAAGAGGAGCUGGAGGAGGAGCAAAGGGUGCAGCGGGAGCAGCUGGCCACCAUCUUCCAGCUGCUGAAAGAGAACAAGGAGACGUUUGGGGACGUGUCAGAGGGAGACAUGGAGGAGCAGCUCAGACUCUACUCCAUCUGAGACUCGUCUCAGCUGCUUGACUUGACUGUGUUCUUUUUACCUGUGACCUCUGGUGAGGGAGCUCAGCCCUCCACUGCACAAACACUAGUUCACAGUAUUUAACACAACUGUACUCUCUCGCCCCUCAUCUCAUCUUGUAAUAUGACAUGCUGUUUUUGUUUUGUCGUUGCUUUACUUUGUUUGUUUGUUUGUUUUUUUGCUGUCAUUCAAACUGUAGUCCUCAUAAGAGACCAAAAACAAUGCGGGACCUUUUCCAAGCCAGAGAAGAAUUGUGUUGCUUCCAAAUUGCACAUAUGGACGAAACAAUGUCUAUUACUUUUUAUAUUAUAAUUUUAAAAAAAGGGAUGACAUUUUUACUUUGAUAGUCCACUGUUGACUCUCCAUUAGGAUCAGGUCAGUGGACAUACUAUUAACUAACUAUCAGUAGAUUGUGCUUCAAGUGAUGAUCUUCAGAUUCUAACCCUAACCCAUACAGACAUGCCUGUUAAUUACUGUACAACUAUUCCUUGUGUGUCAUCUAAUUAAAGGGAAGUACAGUAGAUAUGAAUAAGUGUCAUCUGAUUAUCUGUUGACAUGAUCUAAAAUGGACUAUCAAAAUAAAGUGACAUCAAAAAAUGUUAUUUAUUAAUUUUAAACUUUUCUAUAAACCAAGUUUUGUCUUUCAUAUUUUGUGUAACAGGUAAACUGUAAGGCCCUGACAGCAGUCUGUUGUGAAAUAAACCACGCUCUGUCGUAUCGUGAA